GAAAGUAGACUCGUCUAGGUGAAUGUUCAGUUGCUGUAACUACCCUCAGGAAACAAGAUCAUUGGUUAUUGUGCUCUGCCUUCACUGAGAGAAAGACAUGGGGAGCAUUUGGUUUGUAAUUUGGUGCAUUUUAACAGUUUUUCAGCCUCCAAAUUUAGUGACUGCUGAGGAGCCAGUAUGUGUACCUGGGUUUCAGUCAGAUCAGCUCACUUUCAGUGUGACGAGAAACUACCUGACAAGAGGCACAGUACUGGGCAAAGUGGGCUUCACUGACUGCACAGAUCGCACAAGAUUUCUGUUCGACACCUCUGACAAACGUUUUGUAGUAAAGACAGACGGUGUACUGAUGGUAAAGAGAGCAGUUUAUCUUCAUGAAGGACACCAUGACUUCUUCAUCCACUCCUGGGACUCACAAGGCCUGAAACUGACCAUUCCUGUCAGUGUGAGCAUGAAUGCAGCUGAUGCUCAGGUGCCUGUUCUGCAGUUUCCCAAGCCAGGUGAAGGGCUGAGGAGGAGGAAGAGAGACUGGGUUAUUCCUCCACUCAGUGUUACUGAGAAUAAGAGAGGAACCUAUCCCCUGAACGUAGCUCAGAUCCGCUCUAGUGACGAUAAAUUAAGGAAGAUCUUUUACAGCAUCACUGGUCCUGGAGCUGAUCUGCCUCCUGUUGGUCGUUUCACGUUGGACAGAGAAACGGGCAAUCUGUAUGUAACACAACCACUCGACAGAGAGGAAAUAGCUCUUUACCUGUUUGAAGCACAUGCUAUGGUUGACGGAGCAGGACAAGCUGAGGAUCCCAUGGAGAUUAUAGUCAUUGUGAUCGACCAGAACGACAACAAACCUUAUUUUACGGUGGAGUACAACGCAAAUGUUGCUGAAGCCACGGCCAUCGGGACGGAGGUGGUUAAGGUUGAGGCCAAAGACGACGAUGAGCCAGGUACUGACAACUCAGAGCUCCGCUAUCGUAUUCUGAACCAGGACCCACCGCUGCCCACUGACAACAUGUUUGAAAUCAACCCAAUUACUGGAAGCAUCAGAGUCACUGGUAGAGGAUUAGACAGAGAGAAAUAUCCACAGUACACUCUGACAGUACAAGCAGCAGAUAUGGCAGGAGAAGGGUUAACUGGACAAACCAAAGUCAUCCUCACGGUGACGGACAGCAAUGACAACGCUCCAGUCUUCACUCAGAGCUCAGUAAGUAUGAAGUAACUGGAAACUUCCUGUUUAACUGCUGCUUUUUCACACUGUUAAAGCAGAACAUUCAUCCUGUAUUAUUAAUGUUGCACUCACACAUACUGACACAGCAAAAAC